AUGGAAGAAGCCGACAUGAAAUACUGCGUGAAAUGCACCUGUCUUCCGGUUAACAAAGUCCAGAAGGAUCAAAUUUACUGGACCGGUAAGGUAUCGUGUCACAAUAUCCGAAAGUGCCCACGCCCCACUUGUAAGAAAGCGAAUGAGUCAUGUUGCCGAUCUUGUCCUAAUUUAUCCUAUGAAAACAAACCAUUUUGGAAACAUAAGAUUACAGAAUUCUCUGCUCUUCUGGUUGGAUCCAACUUUACUGACUCUGUAUCAACACAUGCAGUUGCCAUCGCUGAUAUCAGUGUUCGGGAUUCCAGUCUAUACUAUUCGAUACGGCUGACAAGAUUAAAGCCAGCGUCAAAGAUUUUGUUUGUCCUCGAGAACAACAAUAUUAUUCAUCAAAUUUCUAUCGGUCAUCAACAGCUAAAAAAGACAUGCCGAAGGCGCUGUUCAGCCAUGAUGCAACUGUGUGGUGUUUGGCGGAAGUUGCCGCUUUUGUAUCACGAAUAUUUGAGAGAGAAACAGGUUUCACUCGUUAUAACCACCAACGAAUAUUCAAAAGGACUUGUGAAGGGAUUAAUUUUUCCGUCUACAGACAAGAAGAAAGAAACCCUUACGGCUAUUCUUGUUGCAAAGUCAAUGCAAGGCGCUGGCGGACGUGCUUACUUUACUUUGGAUCCUACAGAGACCAGCCUCGACUACAGUAUAACAAUUGUUACAGACAAAGAAAGAAGCAGAACGCAGGAGAACAUUACAAUCAGCAUUGGAAACGAAAGGAAGCCAGCCUUCAUUAGAUGGAUUUCUGAAAGGGAACUUUCGAUAACAGGUACCUGGUUAGCGCCUGAAAAGCGUGCGUCCAGACAUUUAGUACGAGGUAGAUUUUCAGUUGUUAUCAUCACCCAGACAUUGGGAACAAUUACUGGCAAAAUUCUACCGCGAAUGGUUUGUGGAACUUUUCAGGCUGUUUUGUCUGGUGACAUUAUUCCGUUUUACAAGAAAUACCGAACUGGCAUUGGGUCUGCAAGUUUCCAACUUCAGCAAAAUGGCAACAUUAUUUACAAGAUUGGACUCAGUCGAUUAGACAGUCCCUUACGCCAAGUGAUCGUUGAACGCAACUUGAUUUCAGGAAGUAGUGGUUCCGGAAGUAACAUGUGGCGCCGCCGGAAACGUAACAACGGAAACUUAACGAAACAGUAUCGAGUCGGAGAUAUUGGUUACGGUGGGUGGGCAAAUGGCACAUACAAGAAACCAAAGGUGACUGAUCUCAACCGUCUCAUAAAUGGGGAACUGUACGUGAAAGUAUCAACGGAGAAACGGCGACGAAUGGCGCUGCUCGGUCAGAUUGUCGAAGUACCAUACCAUGAACAAUGCAACACCUUUACAGGAACACCUUUGGUUCUUCUUCCACCAAAUCCUAACCCACUGAAAUAUCCUGUGAAGGCAUAUGCAUGGCUGAUCAUGGGCGUCGGUUGUCAACUUCAUUACCAGAUAAUGAUCCAAGGUCGAACGACCACCUUGAGCGAGCCUCUCAACGCCUACCUAACCAACUCCGACGGACAUAUUAAUUCACCCCACACAUCUGAGAACACGAGUAUCAUGGGAAACUUUUACGACAAUGUAGUAUCUGGCACGCUUACGGCAAUUUCUCAACAUCUGUUCAAAGCUUUGGAUAAUGGCAACGCAACAUUACGAAUCAUCAAUAGAAGGUACCCAUCAGGAAUUCUGGAAGUCAAGGUGGCUGUUCCCAAUAACUGUUGGAAACUCUCCCAAGAUGUCAAUGGAAUUGACAGUUUCUUGGUCGGCACUUCGGAUAAAGAUGAUCGGCAGCGUUCCAAGUGCAAAUUCGAGAAUCGGUGGCAUGAGGAAGGCGAAACAUGGGUACCCAGCGAACAAGAACUGUGCAAAACUUGCAGUUGCGUACAAGGACAAGUUUCCUGCAUAGAUGUAUUGUGUCCACUGUUAGGAUGCCAAAAUCCAAUACAUGUUGAAGGUUUAUGUUGCCCAGUUUGUCCAGAUCUAUCUAUCUAUCUAUCUAUCUAUCUAUCUAUCUAUCUAUCUAUCUAUCUAUCUAUCUAUAUCUAUCUAUCUAUCUAUCUAUCUAUUCUUUGA